UACUUUUAUAAUCAUCCAUGGCAGACUCUUCUUCUUCAUCUUCUUCUCCUGCUUCAUACAUUCAUUUGGUGCAGCAUCUGAUCGAGAAGUGUUUGAUAUUUCACAUGACCAAGGAAGAAUGCAUGGAAGCGCUUUCUAAACAUGCAAAUAUUAAUCCUGUUAUAACAUCCACUGUGUGGAAUGAGCUAGAGAAGGAAAACAAGGAAUUCUUUGAGCCUUACUACACGAAGUGGAAGCGUAAAGACGAAAGAGUGUGUGAGGAAGAGACAACACAGAUAAUACAGAAGAUGAUCUCAGACUCAGAUUCCUCUAAAGAUGCAAAAGGCCACUAAACAGUUGAAAAGGAUGUGACAUUUGGAUUCUUCACUCCUUCAAAAAACAAAGCCACACUCAUUCUCCACGAUCAUAUGUACAUGGUGUCACUAUUGUUAGCUAUGGUGAUUAUACCUACUCUACUCAGCUACUUCUCAUGCUUUAUUAUGGUGCACGUCACCCAUGUAAUUUUAUCUCAGAUAGAUAUGCAGUAUGGUA